AUGGAUCUGAGCAGGAGGAAAGUGCCUCUUUAUGGUGAGGCGAAGGUAUUUGCACUACUGGAGGGCUUGGACUCAGUGCCAGAAGAUGUUGAGGUGUUUGUAGUUUUGGAAGGAUCCACACUGGUCCAUGUAACCAGGGCUCAGAAUGAUGUCAUGCUCUGCUUCAUCGUACCUGGCCAUAAUUUGGCUGAGGAGGUGUCUGUUCAGGCCUACAUGUGCUCUGAAACUACACCUCUCACCUGGGUAGGUGGGGCUUUAUUAGAGUAUGUGCAAGAUGAUGCUCAGGAUCUUGCAGAGUACAUCAUAGUACAUGGACAUUGUCUGAGCUCCACAGAUCACCAGCAGCUCAGCAGUCUCUUCAGCCUGGGACAGGAGAGCUCUCGCUGGGCCAUGGACCAUAAAGUGGCUCUGGCCAUGGCCAACCUGGAUAUUCCUCCAAAGUGGAACAUUCUUGGCAGCAGUUGUGGAGACGAACACAGUCCCAGAGAGUCUCCGCUCCACCUGGCUGUAAGAUGGGGUCUGUAUCGGCUUGCAGAGCUUUUGCUUUGCCAGCCGGGGGGGCUGAUGGCCAUCAAUCUGCCAAACGAAGAUGGAGUCACGCCUCUGCAGCUAGCACAGGCCACAGGCAACUCUGAGCUCCUGGAGCUGCUCACACAUCCACCCAACCCCCUAGCCACGCCUCCAGCAGGUCUUUCCCAGGUGUGGGCAGAUCAGUCCCGCUUGCUGAGGUUUUGCCACGACACGGGGAACCUGACUCUGACCAUCCGACAGAACCUGAGAUGGAGCUCAGAGGACAGCCGGCAUGCAGACAUCCUGCUGCUCAGAGACAGACUCCGGGAUGAGAACUUCCUUGGAGGGAUUAAAGCACUAAAAAGGGAACAUGUGGAGACCAUUUUAGAACAGGAAGAACCUGUGGAUGAUCCUGCAGACAGCGCACCCUAUUCUGACAUAAAUGGAGAAAACUUUGCUGAAGACAACGUUCCCAGUUUCUUCUCCGAGGACUGCGAGGAGCCGCUGAUGUUUAUUCUGAAUGAGGACGACGCGGAGGACGACUCAUCGCGGUCUGACUGUGAGAAAAGUCAGUCCAUCAGGGAGAGCCAGGCCUCGUCGCCGACCCUGGCUGCAGCUGUCAGAUUGUCGGCGAUGAUCCACGGCAAAGACCAAGUGUACGCCAACGCCAUGCUGGUCAACCAGGUGGAUGGCUCUGACGUUAAGUAUCGCUCUCUAGGAGAAGAGGAGGAGGUCAGCUCUGCAUCUCCUGUUGGUAUGUCCUGCUGGGAUUCUUUUUCUUCAACUCCCUUUGACUCGGAGAACUCUCAGAACCGUUCCCACUCAUCACCCCAUCACGGGCCGAGGGGAAGUCAGGGCCCCGGGCUGGACAAUCACAAGGAGGCAAACCCUCGCAUCUCUCCCCCUUCUACAUCUUUUCCUUCCUCUUCCUUGGCUUCCGCCGUCCAUUUGUUCGAGGGAGCACAGAGGCGCCGUUCACCCACGGGCCCUCCACUCUCUCCAGCUUUGAAACAUGGAGGAUGCAGCUUGAGCGAGGCAAACCGUAGUCUGAGCCCCAGUCUGGAGUGUGACAGCGAAGAGGAGGACAUACUGGGACGCUCGCAUCCCUGUACGGCCGUAAAGCAGAGGUCCAUUCUGUGGUCCAGCUCAGGAGAAGAGAGAGACUCCUUUGACACUUCGCCUGAUUUUAACUGCUCACACUCUGACAGCACGUCCACGUUAAACCAGAAUUCAGAAGAUGCCGAGGUCCGUCUGCGCUCCUACUCCUACUCCUCCCCCAAAGCAAAGCCAUCACGGCCGCUGUUAAACCGAGACGCAGCUAUCACCGACCUGGAAGAAGAUGGCCAUUUCAGCAGCAGUGGUCGGUUUCUACUUCAGGCGUUAUCUCUCUCUAAGUCCCUGUCGCGUCUCAACCAAGUUAAGCAGAGAGCGUUCAGUCUGACGGAAACACCCAGAGAGAAAAGGGUUCUGGGUUUCCGUAAGCGGGCCCAGUCAGCAGAGGAGGAGAGCACCGCGUCACUCCAACACCUCACCCUCACAGAGUUCCUCAAAGAGAUUGAAGAUGAGGAGUGGGAUAGAUAUAUUAUCCCAUCUAAGGUUGAGUCGGAGAAGUACAAAGUGAGCCGGACCUUCAGCUUCCUGAAGAGUAGGAUGUCCAGCACCCGCAGCAAAACCAAGGUUAAAGGGAAGGAGGUGAAAGAGGGAAAGUCAGGAGCAGCUAAUGGGCACCAGUUUGUUCCCGUGUCUCCAUCUGGUUCUUCUCCCUGUGUGGCCUGUGAGAAGUCUGUUUUUGGGAAGGAGCUGUUGCAGUGCUCCAACUGCUUCCUGAACGUCCAUAAAAACUGCAGAGAGUCCAUUGCAGCCUGUGGAAAGAAGCCGCAGGAGAGGAAUGCAGUGCUGAUGAAAAGCAAGACUAUGUCCCUCCCACAGAACUUUGGGAGAGAAAACUCUUCAGCCUUUUCAUGUUCGUCCUCCUCUUCAGUUUCAUCUGUGACCAGAGAAGGGAAAAGAGAAACAGUCACUUCAUUUUCUAAAAGCCAAUCUAUCUCCAUAGAUAGCCGAGGGUUGAGUGAAACAGCAGGAGCGGACAGUGACUUCAGCAUGAUGGCUUGUCCUAACAGCUCACUGUAUGAAGAGGGAGCACCUGUGACAACAACUCCCCCGUCCAUCGACCUGCCUAGCAGCACAAAGGAUUCUGUUGACGCUCAUCUACUGAAUGACCUGUCAGCUGACCUGCUGGGGCUCGAGGCCGAGUCGUGGAGUCUCGCAGUCAGUCCAGAGUUCUGCCGACAACACGACAGGCGCACCAUCAAACGGCAGAAUGUGAUCUACGAGCUGAUGCAGACAGAGCUGCACCAUAUUGAAACCAUGACGGUCAUGUCGGAGGUGUUCAGGAGAGGCAUGUUGGAGGAGCUGCUGCUGGAUGGGGACUAUGUGGCUCGCAUCUUCCCAUCUUUGGACCCUCUGCUGGUCUACCACAGGAACUUCUUCAGAGCGUUGCAGGAACGCCGGCAGGCUGCGACCCAAAUGGACAACUCACAAAAUUACCACAUACAUCGAAUAGGAGAUAUACUUCUUCAGCAGUUUUCAGAUGAAAAUGCAGAGAAGAUGAAGCAGAUGUACGGCAAAUUUUGCAGUCACCACAUCGAGGCUGUUAAUGUCUUCAAAGAGCUACAACAGCAAAACAAAAAGUUUCAGAACUUUUUCAGGCAACAGAGCAACAACUCUCUGGUCAAGCGAAGAGAAGUGCCAGAAUGCAUCCUGCUGGUCACGCAGCGCAUCACCAAGUAUCCUUUACUGCUGGAGAGGAUAAUACAGUACACUCAGGAAGGAAGCCAGGAACACUCCGACCUGUCAAGUGCGUUGGCUCAGAUCCGUUACAUCAUUACAACAGUGGACCUGACUGUUAGUAAAUAUGAGAGAUCUCAGGAGCUGCAGGAAGUGCUCGCCAGGCUCGAAACAAAGAGCUUCGCCAAGCUCAAGAACGGCAAGGUGUUCCGCAAACAGGAGCUGCACAGCCAGCACAGAGACCUGCAGCACAAAGGUCUGGUCUACUGGAAGACUGCCACAGGACGUCUGAAAGACACUUUGGCUCUUUUGCUAACGGACGUUCUGGUUUUCCUGCAAGAGAAAGACCAGCGUUUCAUAUUUGCAUCCGUGGACCAGAAGCCUCCAAUAAUUCCACUGCAGAAGCUCAUUGUUCGAGAAGUAGCCAAUGAGGAGAGAGGAAUGUUCCUUAUCUCUGCAUCCUCUGUGGGGCCAGAGAUGUAUGAAGUUCACACCACCACCAGAGAGGAAAGGAAUGCAUGGAUGAGACACAUCCGACAGACUGUAGAGAGUUGUCCUGAGGAAGAAGAGGAGGAGGAGCGAACUGCAGAUACCGAGGAAGCCAGGCAAGCUGCAGAACUGAGAGUUCAGACGAUUAACAAGUUCCAGGAUGCACUGUUUGGUCAGGACCAGCAAAUCUGCCACAGCUUGGAGGAAAAGUUACAAAUUUAUGCUGAACUGACAGAGUUAACCCUCCAUCCACCAGAACCUGUGCCACAGCGCCCUCUGCUGGUGCAGCCCGCACAGUACAUGGACAGCGAGCAUCCACGCCAGGCGUCUUCACUGCUGACAGCUGCACUCAGAGAAGCAGAGAACCUGAUCGGUAUUCUUCAGGCUCGUGAUGGCCUUCCUGUCCAACGUCAGAACUCCCCUGUCCAAGCGCUUGAGUGCUGCAGCUACAACAGCCACGGCAGCAGCAUCCAGGAGUCUCCUUCUGAACCGGAUUAUCUGAGCACGCUCAGUAUGAGCUCCGCCUCUCUCGGAUCAGACAAUGAGUUAACCGGGUUGGACAGCGUGUCGUGGAGCUCAGCUGUCGAGCUCCGAAAAAGAGACUCCAAAGGGAUGCUGUUAAAGGUGGCAGAAAGUGUCCAGAGUCUGACUCAGCUCCUUUAUAGUCUGCAGGCAGCUGUGACCCUUCAAGACAGCUACUAUGAAGUCCACAAACUUCUUCUCCAAGAAGGAGAAAGACCUCAGCUCCGAAGCAUCGCCUCCCUCCAAAACAGCCUGGAGCUGGAGAAACAGAGGAGCACAGACAAGAUGAAAGAGGAGAAGAGGGGGCUGGAGAGGAGGAAGGAUGACGUGGACGAGGUGCAGAAACUCCAGAUCAAGUUGAAACAGGAGCAGCAGCAUUGGGAAAAAGAGUGUGCAACCAGAGAGAAACAGCAGGGUGAGCAGGAGAGUUUACUGGAGCAGAGACAGCAGCAGUGUCUCCUGGAGGCGGAGCGGCUGCGCUGUGAGCGCGAGGAGCUGGAAGCCCAGCUGCAGGAGUAUCAGCAGAAUCUGGACAGACUGAAGGAGGGCCAGAGGAGUGUGGAGAAGGAGAAGGAGAAGAUCGAAGCCCAACAGAGGCUGCUUCAGGGCUGGAGACACAACCGCCAGAGCAGCCUGCCGGUCACGUUACCCCUGGAUGGAUACAAGUUGUCUCAGGUGUGCACUCACAGCCGCACAGGCAGCCUGGACGCCAACUGUUCGGUGUUCAAGAACGAGGCAGCUUUGCUUGCCUCCCUGCAGCAGAACCACCUCCUCCAGCCAACGAACUACAACAACCAGCAACAGCACGUUCUGGGCAUGCAGAAGAAGAACCACGACUGCCCGCCGAGCAGCACCAACCACAGCGCCACCCCCAGCCUCAGUGCCAGCCUCUACAACAGCCUCAACACGCUGCUGAGCCAGACACACAGCAGACAGCCUCCGUACGCUAACAAGCACAGCUGUUCACGUCUCCCAGCCGACUCCCUCCACCCGUUCAGCAGCAGGGUCACCUCACAGACACAGAGGAGCAACAGCAGAGACCUCGGUCUGCUAGACAACACACAAUCGUCCAGUUCCUGGAGGUCAGAGUUCACUGGUCAUGGUCUUAAUAAGGAGCACAACUCGUCCUCGCCCUCUCUUACCCCCCUCCUCCCACCACAGGCUUACCUCUCACUUGACGGACAAAAUGGAGACGAGGAGGGAGAAGAGAAUAUUGUUUACCUUUGAGACUCAUGAAAUGAGCAAAGCAAGCUGCUUCAACGAGACCUGAACAAACAUUUUCUGUUGC